ACGCUUCACGCCUUCACAGCUCCCCUACCACGCCACGAUUGUCAGUCGCGGUGUAGUUAGCUUCGAAAGGUUGCAUCACCACAGCUGUGCACAGCUUCACACCCGUUCUCCCGACCUCGACUUUGGCGACCUCCAAGCUCCAGAGAUCCGAGCUCCGCGCCACCUCGGCUCCUACCGCGCCAGCAAUCGCGCAUACACUCGCACGCCCCCGACUGCCUCUAUCACUGUAUCUAGUAGCUUUGCGCAGCCCUACGCUCGGUUGAUAGCGCUGGGACGUGCAUCUGUCGGGAAGUGCUGCAACAAGAUGGCACAGCGGUGCUCGGCAGGAUGGCGGGCGAUGACAGUGGGGUUGCUCUCCAUGCUCACUGUCUCAGCGCUCGCCGGCCCUGAUCUGACCAUCAAGCACGAGAAGGGACGGUGCGCGAUACGAGGGCAGUGCGGCAAGCAGAGCUUCUUCGGCUCCGAGCUGCCCUGUCCAGACAACGGCCUGGCGAAGGCGCCGACGGACGACGUCAGGAAGCAGCUAGUCGACAUCUGCGGCUCGCAAUGGGCGGACACAGAUGUCUGCUGUGAGGCAGAGCAGCUGGAAGUCCUCAAGACGAACCUCGAUCGCGCCACGCCCAUCAUCAACGCCUGCCCGGCUUGCAAGGAGAACUUCUACAACAUGUUCUGCACCUUCACCUGCUCGCCGGACCAGUCGUUGUUCAUCAACAUUACAGACACCGCGCCGAAAGGCGACAAGUUCCUGGUCACCCAAUUGACUCACCUCGUAUCGGAUGAAUAUGCCGGCACAUUCUACGACAGCUGCAAGGACGUCAAGUUCGGCGCGACAAACGGCAAGGCUAUGGACUUCAUCGGUGGCGGCGCGAAGAACUACACUCAGUUCUUGAAAUUCCUCGGCGACAAGAAGUUUCUUGGAUCCCCCUUUCAGAUGGACUUCCCGCGCCCCAACGAUGCCGAUUUCCCCGACAUGGCGGCUAUGAACAAGCACGCAUAUCCGUGCGAUACCGAAGACGAGCUGUACAGGUGUGCUUGUCUCGACUGCGGCGCUUCGUGCACUGAGCUGCCCGAAGUGACCGAGGUCAAGCAGUGCCACGUCGGCCUACUGCCCUGUCUCUCGUUCGCAGUCAUCCUCGUCUAUUCUGUUUUCCUCGGCCUUUUAUGCCUCGCUGUCGCCGGACACGUCGCAUAUCGCAAGCACUCGCAACAGAAGAACGAACGACUCCGUCUGCUCCAGGAUCUCGAGCCCAGCGACGACGAGGACGAGGGUGAUAUCGUCCACAACAUCAGCAUGCUCGACCGCCCCACGAAACACUAUUUUGUAAACACGUGGUGCGACCGCCUCUUCAGCCGUCUCGGCUACGUUUGCGCAAGAUUUCCCGUCAUCACCAUCAUCACCAGCGUUGCUGUCGUUGGAUUGAUGAGCUUAGGUUGGCUACGUUUCGCGAUUGAGACUGACCCUGUUCGUUUGUGGGUCGCUCCGGACUCGCCGGCUGCGCAAGAGAAGGCCUUCUUUGACGAGAAGUUUGGCCCAUUCUUCCGAGCCGAGCAAGCCUUCCUCGUCAAUGACACCCACCCAGGCGCCCCGGUGCUGAGCUACGAGACCCUCGACUGGUGGUUUGGUGUCGAAGACCAGAUUCGCCGCCUCAAGUCGUCCCAGAGCGGUGUCACUCUCGAUCAAGUCUGCUUCAAGCCAGUCGAAGAUGCCUGCAUUGUCCAGUCGGUGACUGGCUAUUUCCAAGGCGAUUUCGCAAACCUCUCGCCUAGCACCUGGCGCGACGACAUCAUGGACUGCGUUGACAACCCAACCCAGUGCUUGCCAACAUUUCAGCAGCCUCUAGACCCGCAUCUCUUGUUUGGUGGUGUGAAUAACAGCGUUCUUGACGCCCAAGCGCUGGUCGUUACGUGGGUGGUUAAGAACCAUCCUGAAGGCACACCUGAGCUGCAGCUCGCUAUGGAUUUCGAGGACGAAAUGAAGAGCUACCUCAAGCUGGUGCAAGAAGACGCAGAAAGCCGCGGCUUACGUCUGAGCUUCAGCACCGAGGUCAGUCUCGAGCAAGAGCUCAACAAGAGCACCAACACAGAUGCAAAGAUUGUUGUGGUGAGCUACAUCAUCAUGUUCUUGUACGCAUCGCUUGCACUGGGCUCAACCACACUUACCCUGCGGUCUGUCCUCAGAAACCCAGCAAACGCACUUGUGCAGUCCAAGUUCAUGCUGGGUACCGUUGGCAUUCUCAUUGUCCUGAUGUCCGUCGCCGCUUCUGUCGGUCUCUUCUCUGCCGCAGGAAUCAAGGUAACCCUGAUUAUUGCCGAGGUCAUUCCCUUCCUGGUGCUGGCUGUUGGUGUCGACAACAUCUUCCUCAUUGUACACGAGUUUGAGCGCAUCAACAUCAGCCAUCCGGAAGGGACAAUUCCAGAACGCGUUUCCCGGGCUCUUGGUCGUAUGGGACCUUCAAUCCUUCUGUCUGCAUUGACCGAGACGACCGCAUUUGCUCUUGGCUGCGCAGUGGGAAUGCCUGCUGUGCGCAACUUUGCUGCAUACGCCGCGGGCGCCGUGUUCAUCAACGCCAUUCUCCAAGUCACAAUGUUCAUUGCUGUACUGUCUUUGAAUCAGCAACGCGUUGAAACGAAUCGCGCCGACUGCUUUCCCUUCCUUCGGGUGGCUAAGGCGGACUCUGGCUAUCUCAACCCUGGUGCUGGCGAAGAGGGUGCUCUGCAGCGCUUCAUCCGUAAGACCUAUGCCCCGGCUCUGCUAGGCAAGAAGACCAAGGUUGUGAUUCUUGCCAUCUUCUUCGGUAUCUUCACGGCUGGCGUUGCCCUCUUCCCCGCCGUCGAGCUUGGCCUUGAUCAGCGAAUCGCUAUGCCGAGCGACUCCUACCUCAUUCCGUACUUCAACGAUCUCUACGACUACCUUGAGGUCGGCCCGCCAGUCUACUUCGUGACCAGAGAGCUUAACGUCACCGAGAGAGCGCCACAGAAAGAGCUAUGCGGCCGCUUCUCCACGUGCGACCAAGGCAGUCUUGCAAAUAUCAUCGAGGCCGAGCGCAAACGGCCAGAGGUGUCAUACCUGGCUGCACCUGCCGCUAGUUGGCUGGAUGACUUCUUCCUCUGGCUGAACCCGGAGAACGAGAAGUGCUGCGUCGACAAGGGCAAACCCUGCUUCGCCAACCGUACGCCAGCGUGGAACAUGACACUGUAUGGCAUGCCAGAGGGCGAAGAGUUCACCUAUUACCUCGAACGCUGGCUCGAGGCGCCGACUACCGAGGACUGCCCCCUCGGCGGCAAGGCUGCCUACGCGGACGCCGUCGUCGUCGACGCCAAACACAAUACGAUCCCCGCAUCGCACUUCCGCACCUCACACACCCGCGUACGCUCCCAGAGCGACUUCAUCGCCGCCUACACCGCCGCGCGUCGCAUCGCCAAGGAGAUCUCCAAAGACGUCGAGACAGAAGUCUUCCCUUAUUCUAAAUUCUACAUCUUCUUCGACCAGUACACAUCUAUCGUGCGCCUCACAGCGACCCUCUUAGGUUCGGCCCUUGCCGCCGUCCUCCUGAUCACCACGAUCCUCCUGGGUUCCCUCGCCACCGGCCUCAUUGUCACCCUCGUCGUCGCCAUGACCGUCUCCGCCAUCAUCGGCUCCAUGGCGCUGCUCGGCGUCUCGCUCAACGCCGUAUCGCUCGUGAACCUCAUCAUCUGCGUCGGCAUCAGCGUCGAGUUCACCGCGCACAUCGCCCGCGCCUUCACGUUCCCCAGCCGCGCGACCAUGGAACGCGCGCCCCGCCAUGCGUUCCGCGGGCGCGACGCGCGUGCCUGGACGGCGCUGGUCAAUGUCGCUGGGAGUGUGAUCAGCGGCAUCACGAUCACGAAGAUCCUGGGCGUCGGCGUGUUGGCGUUUACACGCAGCAAGAUCUUCGAAAUCUACUACUUCCGCGUCUGGGCUGCGCUCGUCCUGUGGGCGUCGACGCACGCGCUCAUCUUGCUCCCCGUGCUGCUGAGUCUGUUUGGCGGCGCGGGGUAUGUGGAUCCGGAGAGCGAGGGUGGGCUGGAGCAGGAUCUCAGGCGCAGGCAGUAUCCGGCGCUGUUGGGGGAUGAUGAUGAGGAGUAUGAUAGUGAUGACUAGGCGGUGGGGAGAAGGUUGGGGGUGUGCGUUUCGAGGGACGGGGGUGCUGGGUAGGACAGUGUAUGAAUUGAAUUGAAUUGAAUCGAACCG